UAAACUAGUGGAACCAUAUACCGCACCAUGUGAGCACGCUCUUGUGUCAUUGACAAAAACAUAAACCCUAAUCACAAACCUUUCUCUCUCCUUCAUGUAUCACACUACGUCACUUACACUUUUCGUCGAUCUCUCCUUCCCAAGCCCUACCUAUAUGUAUACAUAAUCUUUGAUUAAUUUUCUUCUUCUUCACGGAUCACAAAUCUAAUCAUUCUCAAAGCCUUCUUUUUCUGUACAUUGACAAAAUAAUAUAAUGGAUGAAGUCUCUCGUUCUAACCCACCGCAUCUACUGUCAAGAGACCUUCAGCUCUAUCACCAUCAAAACGCUGGACUUAAACGCAACCGAGAAGAAAACCAAGUCGUUGACCCCAACAACAACCACUCUAAUUCCUCCGGCAGAGACCAAGCCACGACACCCUCCGGAGAAGAUAAUACCAAGAAAAGAAGGCCACGUGGCAGACCCGCUGGUUCCAAGAACAAACCCAAAGCACCGAUCAUAGUCACGCGAGACGCCGCAAACUCCCUUCGAUGCCACGUCAUGGAGAUAACCAACGGCUGUGAUGUGAUGGAAAGCUUAGCCGUCUUCGCUAGACGCCGUCAGCGUGGCGUUUGCGUCUUGACUGGAAACGGCGCCGUUACAAACGUCAACGUUAGACAGCCCGGUGGAGGCGUCGUUAGUUUACACGGACGGUUGGAUAUUCUUUCUCUCUCGGGCUCGUUUCUUCCUCCACCAGCUCCACCAGCUGCGUCUGGUCUAACGGUUUACUUAGCCGGUGGUCAAGGCCAAGUGGUCGGAGGCAAUGUGGUGGGACCGCUUAUGACUUCAGGUCCGGUAGUGAUUAUGGCUGCUUCAUUUGGAAACACAGCUUACGAGAGGCUGCCAUUGGAGGAGGAUGAGGUGGAACCUCAAAGAGAAAUAGAUGCAAACGCGGAUAGGGCGGUUGGAACGCAAACGCAGAAGCAGUUAAUGGGGUCGCCGUCGAAUUUAAUAAACUCUGUUUCGUUGCCAGAUGAAGCUUAUUGGGGAACGCAACGACCGUGUUUCUUAGAUAAUUAAUUUUUAAAUGUACUGAUCUUUCAUAUUCUUCUUUCUUUUUUGACUUUUUAAAUUUCUAAAGAUUUAACUAGGUUUUUGUUUUAAUGUUUGAUCAAUGCGUCAUGCUUUUGGGAAUUCUUAGAUUGUGCCAUAUCGUUUUUAAACGUUAGUGAUCGGCUUUUGCGUGCGUUGACUAGAUGUCUAGAUGUCAACCAAGUACUAGUGGCAAAUUUGUUUUGCUGAAUAAGUAUUACUUUUGAUGUUUGGUACUUUAUAUGUUUAUUAACAUAUAUAUGAUGUAUUGUAA